AUGGCUUCCCAACAGCCGCUCUCCUCGUCGCAGCAGCCAGCUGACGUCUAUGGCGGAGAUGAGAUCUCCGCCCUCGUCCUCGACCCCGGCUACUGGCACACGCGCGCCGGCUUUGCGGGCGAAGAUGUCCCUAAAUGCGUCCUGCCCUCCUUCUACAGCCAGAUCGGCGAGAGCCGCGCAUUUGGCGACGAGUGCAUACGUCCGCGCGAGAACCUGGAGCUGCGCAACUACAUGAAUACCAAGUCCGAAGUGGAGGACUGGGAUGUCGCGGCCCAGCUCUGGGAGAACAUGCUUGUCAGUCGGCUGAACCCGACUCAGCAAACACCACCUUCGAAGAACGGCCUCAACGAUGGCAACAAGGACGGCGAAGGCGAUGUCGCGAUGGAGGAAGUGGAAAACCAGGAGCUUCAGGAGAAAGCACUGUACGAAAACCCGAUUCUGCUGACGGAACCGGCGACCAAUCCUGCGAAAAAGCGAGAAAAGGCCAUGGAGGUUGUCUUCGAGAACUGGGGAACACCAGCCUUUUGGCUCAGCAGGACACCGGUUCUCUCAGCGUUCGCGGCAGGGAAGGCAACGGCCCUGGUGAUUGAAGUUGGCGGGGCAAACACCUCUGUCACUGCUGUACAUGAUGGUAUGGCGCUGAAGAAGUCGGCUGUGCAGUCUCAAGCAGGUGGAAUAUGGUUGUCGCAGCAGAUCCGCACCAUGUGGGAGACCAACGAUCCGAAGAUUGACACUGUUCCCACCUUCAUGAUUGAGAACAAGACCCAGGUGGAUGCCCAACAGCCGCCCAACGCCAGACUCAAGACGUUCCCCUUCGCGAUCCACGAUUCUUUCCGCCGGUACGAGGAGGAGCGACUGUUGACCGAGUUCAAGGAGUCAGUGGUCGAGGUUUGGAAAGGCCCUGGGCGCUACGUGACCCCCGGCAACGAGGAUUUCAUCAAGUCACAACCCGGCCGUGUGUUUGAGAUGCCCGACGGAUACAAUCAGAUGUGGCGCGAGCAGCGGUUCAAGGUCGCUGAGGGCAUGUGGGACGAGACGGCGGCGUAUCCGGUCACAGACGAGCAGUUCCGCCUGGCGAAGAAUCAGACGAUACCAGGACUGAUCAAGCAGAGUCUGGACCUAGUGGACGUGGACUUGAGGCCUCAUCUCCUGGGCAAUGUUGUUGUCACCGGAGCCACGAGUCUGCUCAACGGGUUCAACGACAGGCUCAACAACGAGCUCAACCAAAUGUACCCUGGCAUGAAGAUCAAGCUGCACGCGGCAGGCCUGACGAGUGAGCGCCGUUUCGGUGCCUGGGUCGGUGGAAGCAUCCUGGGCAGCCUGGGAAGUUUCCACCAGAUGUGGAUCUCGCGCAAGGAGUUUGAGGAAAUCGGCCCUAACGUAGUCGAGAAGCGCUGCAAGUAG